GAGAGUUUUGACAUAAUUAAACAGCAAAGAGUGAUUACGACGGCAGAUGCCGUGAAGGUUUCAAAACAUCAGCUACUUCGAUUCAGAAUAAUAAUAGUUUCAAGAGUGGAUUGAUGAAAAAAUGACGUUACUUUCAAGUGAUGUAACAGAAUCGCGCGUUCUUAUAUUUUUUGUGAACGGGAAAAAGAUAGAAGAUGAUCAAGUUGAUCCUGAAUGGACUCUCUUGUACUACUUGAGAAGCAAAUUACGUCUUUGCGGUACAAAACUGGGAUGCGGAGAAGGAGGUUGUGGAGCUUGUACAGUGAUGGUUUCCAAACUUGAUAGGAUGACAAAUACAGUCAUUCACCUACCAGUAAACGCUUGCUUAGCUCCAAUCUGCUCCCUUCACGGUCAAGCAGUCACCACCAUAGAAGGCAUAGGCUCUACCAAAACUAGGCUCCAUCCAGUACAAGAACGAAUCGCAAAAGCACACGGUUCUCAGUGUGGAUUUUGCACCCCAGGUAUCGUCAUGUCCAUGUACACUCUCCUCAGGAACUCUCCCAAACCCACGAUUGAAGAGAUGGAACUAGCUUUUCAAGGAAACCUUUGCAGAUGCACGGGCUACAGACCAAUCAUCGAAGGCUACAAAACCUUCACGGAAGAAUGGGAAAUUGGUAGGAUCGGCACUAAAGCAUCGACUGCUUGUGGUAUGGGCGAAAACUGUUGUAAGUUCCAAAACGGCUCAGAAAUUGAAGAAGAUGUCCUGUUCAAGGCCAGUGAGUUCACUCCAUACGAUCCCUCUCAGGAGCCAAUUUUCCCACCCGAACUUAGGCUCAGUGACAAAUACGACAAGGAAUACUUGAUUGUGACUGGAAAAAGGGUGACUUGGUAUCGACCAACAACCCUUAAUGAACUAUUAAAAUUGAAACGGAAAUUUCCCAAAGCGAAAAUAGUUGUUGGAAACACAGAAAUCGGAGUUGAAAUGAAGUUCAAACAAAUGCUAUAUCCCAUUGUCAUCCAACCCGUCCAGAUUCCUGAGAUGACGAGGAUAGAGGAGGUUUCUGAAGGCGCUAAGAUUGGUGCAGCUGCAACUCUAGCAAAUAUCGAAACCUUUCUGAAACUUCAAGUCAACUCUCAACCUGAGUCUAAAACGAGAAUCUUUCAGGCAGCCCUGGAGAUGCUCAACUGGUUUGCUGGGAGGCAGAUCCGCAGUGUGGGUGCACUAGGAGGUAACAUAAUGACUGGCAGUCCAAUCUCGGACAUGAUUCCACUUUUGAUAGCAGCAAGGGCGGAACUGGAAUUGGUCAGUCAAAACAGUGAAGUACGAAGAGUGAUACUGGAUGACAAAUUCUUCGUAGGGUAUAGAACCAGCAUUUUAAAACCAGAAGAGAUACUGCUUUCCAUUCUUAUUCCUUUUACCAAAGAGAACCAAUAUUUUCAGGCUUAUAAACAGGCGAGGAGACGUGGGGAUGACAUAGCAAUAGUGAAUGAAGCAGUUCAUGUUACUUUCGUCCCUGGAUCGAAUAUUAUCGCAGAUAUAAACUUUGGCUUUGGUGGAAUGUCUUUCAAAGCUGUAUCUGCCCCAAAAACCCAAGAUCGACUUAUUGGAAUGCCUUGGAACAGAGACACUUUGGAGCUUGCCUUCACCAGCCUACUAGAGGACUUGCCUCUCGAUCCUGGUGCACCAGGUGGAAUGAGCCAGUACAGAAAAUCCCUAACACUGAGUUUAUUUUUCAGAGCUUUUCUUGCCAUUUCGCAAAAAAUCCAGGCGUACGUUCCUACUAUUGAAAUAGACAAGAAAGAGCUGAGUGGUAUACGAGGCUACACCACCCAGGAGCUUAAAAGCUCUCAAUACUUUGCCAUCCCAGCUAGAUCAAAUUCAACUGUGGAUUCUCUCCAGAAACCAAUAGUACACUCAUCUGCUUACAAGCAAGCUACUGGGGAAGCUGUUUACUGCGACGACAUUCCUCAUCAGGAAGGUGAACUCUACUGCGCUUUCGUUCUUAGCACCAAAGCGCACGCUAGAAUUGUCGAAAUAGAUGAAUCAGAAGCCCUAUCGAUGGAUGGGGUGCGUGGGUUUGUCUCUGCCAAGGAUGUCAGGGAAGGUUGCAUUUGGGGCUGUGUCAUACAGGACGAGGAAGUAUUUUACUCAGAUAUAGUAACCGCUCAAGGCCAAAUAUUAGGGUUGAUAGUCGCUGACGAUCAGAUCCUCGCCCAAAGAGCUGCAAAGAAGGUUAGAGUGACCUACGAGGAACUAGAACCCGUAAUAAUUAGUAUAGAGGAUGCCAUAAAGCGUAAGUCAUUUUUAGGAGAUCCACAGGUGAUGGAAAAAGGUAAUGUGGAACUUGCAUUUAGAAACGCUCAGCAUGUUGUUGAGGGGGAGUGCAGAAUGGGAGGACAAGAGCACUUUUAUCUGGAAACUCAAGCCUGUAUUGUCAUCCCGCAACCUGAGGAUGAUGAAAUGUUGAUUUAUUCAUCUACCCAGAAUCCAUCAGAAGUAUCGGCUAUGGUCGCUGAGGUAUUGGAUAUUCCACAAAACAAGGUAGUGGUCAAAGUCAAAAGACUAGGAGGUGGGUUUGGUGGGAAGCAGGCCAAAGGCAGUCUUAUUGCUCUGCCAAUGGCUGUGGCUGCUAGAAAAUUCAAGAAACCAUUGAGAUGUAUGUUAGACAGGGAUGCGGAUAUGAUGAUGACAGGAACGAGGCAUCCGUUUUAUUUCAAAUACAAAGUAGGAUUUGAUGAUGAUGGAAAAAUAUUAGGAUGUGAUGCCAAGUUGUAUGCCAAUGCUGGUUACUCAACUGAUCUUACACUGGCGGUAGUAGAAAAAGCUCUCACCCACUUUGAAAACGCUUACUAUAUUCCUGCCAUCAGGGUUAGGGGUUUCGCUUGCAAAACGAACCUACCAUCUAAUACGGCCUUCAGAGGGUUUGGAGGACCACAAGGGAUGUUUUUGGCAGAGAACAUGGCUCAACACAUCGCAUACUAUCUGAAGAAAGAUCCUGUGGAAAUAAGCGAAAUAAAUCUAUAUAAAGAAGGAGAUGUCACAUUUUAUCAUCAAAAACUGGUAGACUGUACACUCGGUAGAUGUUGGAAGGAGUGCCUUGAUUCGUCACAGUACAUUAUUAGAAGGGAGGAAGUGAGAAAUUUCAAUAGGAAAAAUCGGUACAAAAAAAGAGGACUAAGUAUAAUUCCCACAAAAUAUGGAAUAGCCUACGCCGAACUCUUCCUGAAUCAAGCUGGCGCCCUAGUUCUAGUGUACAGAGACGGAUCGGUUCUCAUAUCCCAUGGAGGUACAGAAAUGGGACAGGGACUACACACCAAAAUGAUCCAAGUGGCCAGUAGAGCUUUGGACAUUUCCACGGAGAAAAUUCACAUCAGUGAAACUGCAACUGACAAAGUUCCGAACACUUCUCCUACAGCAGCUAGCUCAGGUUCGGAUCUGAAUGGAAUGGCAUUGUUAGUAAACUUAUGGCGGAUGUCUGAUCACGAAUGCUUUUUUAUGGGUCAUGAGUUUUUUCUAGGAGAAAGUUUGAAUCCUGCAAUCGAUAUCGGCCAAAUUGAAGGUGGGUUCAUGCAGGGUUACGGUUUAUUCGUGCUUGAAGAGAUGGUUUACUCACCAAGAGGAGACAUUUUCACAAGAGGCCCUGGAACUUACAAAAUACCCGGAUUUUCUGACAUACCAGCUGAAUUCAACGUUUCACUACUGAAGGGAGUUUCCAACCCAAGAGCUGUGUACUCCUCAAAGGCAGUGGGUGAACCGCCACUUUUUCUAGCGAGUUCGGCAUUUUUUGCGAUCAAAGAUGCUAUCAAAGCAGCCCGUGAAGAGAGCAGCCUUCCUGCUACGCAUUUCAGAUUUGACGCUCCAGCUACUUCUGCAAGAAUACGAAUGGCUUGCGAAGAUAGCAUCACAUCAAGAUUGAAGGAACCGAAGCCUGGAAGUUUUGAACCUUGGAAUGUUAUAGCUUGAAAAAAUAUCGCCAAAAGAUUUCGGUGAACAACUGUGAUGAUUUUGGUGUUGAAGUGGACUGUUGGGAAUAUUUCCAUCAAAAAUUAAGAAUGAAAGAGUUUAAUAUGAAAUAAAAAUACUUCAAUGUCUGUA